AUGAAAACAACUAACUCUGUUUUUAUUGGUGGAAAUGCCUUGUCGUCAUUUAGAAUCAAUAAAAUCAUCACUGAUAUCAAUUUGCAAUUUGCAACCACUGGCAACAAUUUGGUUUCCAAGAUUGACUCGACUUUUGUCCACUAUGUUUCGCUAUCCAGGGCCAUUGACGACACUGAAUUGAAAUCCUUAACCGACUUAUUGGACUACGACACUAUUCCAGUCGAUGCCAAGUUUAAAAAUAUAAUGGAAAAUGUCUAUCCAGACAACAAACAGUCAGCUGAGUUCGACAAGUCUGGUUUUGAAUCAAACAACUCGCUCUUGAUCACCAUUGUUCCACGAUCAGGCACCAUCUCUCCAUGGUCUUCGAAGGCAACGAACAUCGCCCAAGUGUGUGGGUUGGAUGGGUUUGUUGAGCGAGUUGAAAGAGGAUUGACGUUGUUGUUUCAAUUAGGUGCUGGGGAUGGCAAUGGCAACACCAUCAAUUCAUCAAACAUUGACCACUUAAAAUUGAUCAGCUCUUUGGAAUCAAUCUACGAUCGAAUGACACAGUCGAUAUUCAUCAACUCGAUGCCAGAGUUGGACCAGUUUUUGUUCACCCAUCACAAGCCCAAGCCACUAGUGUACAUCGACUUGUUGGGCUCCAGCGAUCCCAAAGGCACCCUCCAGAAGACCAAUAUUGACUUAGGGUUGUCACUCAAUGAGUACGAGUUGAACUACCUUAUCCAGAGCUUUGUUCAUGUGCUCAAGAGAAACCCCAGCGAUGUCGAGUUAUUUAUGUUUGCUCAAGUGAACUCAGAGCACUGCCGUCACAAAAUAUUCAAUGCCAACUGGAAGAUUGAUGGUGUUGCACAAGUCAACUCGUUGUUUGAUAUGAUCAGGAACACACAUAGAAAGAGCCCCCAGUACACAAUCAGUGCAUACUCAGACAAUGCUGCUGUAUUUGAAGGACAUGAAGCCUUCCACUAUUCGCCCAACAUCAAGACCAAGACUUGGAAGGCCAGUCGUGAGUUGGUGCACACGUUGAUCAAGGUGGAAACACACAAUCAUCCAACAGCAGUGUCACCAUUUCCAGGUGCUGCCACUGGCUCGGGAGGUGAGAUCAGAGACGAGGCUGCUGUGGGAAAGGGGUCAAAGACCAAAGCUGGUAUGUCUGGUUACAAUGUUUCUGACUUGAAUAUACCAGGGUUUGUGCAACCAUGGGAGUUGGACGUUGGAAAGCCCAAUCACAUUGCAUCUGCAUUGGAAAUCAUGAUACAGGCUCCCCUAGGGUCUGCUGCCUUCAACAACGAGUUUGGGCGACCUUGCAUUGCUGGAUACUUUAGAACAUUGACCAGCGAGAUUGAAGCUGGUGAAGAUGGAAGCAAGCAGAUUAAGGGAUACCACAAGCCCAUCAUGCUUGCUGGUGGAAUGGGAGCAAUCCGCCCCAACUUGACAUUGAAGGACAAUAGCAUCAAGGCCAAUGAUCUUGUGAUUGUGUUGGGUGGUGAGUCGAUGUUGAUUGGAUUAGGAGGAGGUGCUGCCUCGUCCAAGGCAUCCGGCGAAGGUUCUGCUGAUUUGGAUUUUGCAUCAGUGCAACGAGGCAAUCCCGAAAUGCAAAGACGCUGUCAGCAAGUGAUUGAUGCUUGUGUGUUUCUAGGUGAUAUGAACCCUAUAUUGAGUAUCCACGAUGUGGGUGCUGGUGGGUUAUCAAAUGCUCUUCCAGAGUUGGUUCACGACAACGAUUUGGGCGCUGUUUUUGAGUUGCGAAAGAUAUUGUCGCUUGAGCCAGGAAUGUCACCCAUGGAGAUAUGGUGCAAUGAGUCUCAAGAGCGAUAUGUGUUGGCCAUCGAUCCCAAGGACUUGGAGUUUUUUGAAGGCUUGUGUAAGAGAGAAAGAGCUCCAUUUUCAGUUGUUGGAAAGACCACUUCCGAAAAGAAGUUGUUGCUUGUGGAUGAGUUGUUUGGAAACACGCCAAUUGACUUGGAAAUGUCAGUGUUGUUUGGCAAGGCACCCAAGUUGGAGAUUGAAGCAAACACCAAGACAUUGAGGUUGCCAGAGGAGACAUCGGACUACUCGUUUGUGGGAAAUGGAUACCAAGAAGCCCUUGAGAAGGUGUUACAGUUGCCCUCUGUGGGCUCCAAGUCCUUUUUAAUCACAAUUGGGGACAGAUCAAUUACGGGGCUUGUUGAUAGGGACCAGUUUGUCGGUCCUUACCAAGUGCCAGUAAGUAAUGUUGGUGUAACUUGUUCAUCCCUCUACCCCGAAGGAAAGACAAUUAAAACAGGAGAAGCUCUUUCAAUAGGGGAGAAGCCCCUACUUGCUUUGAUCUCACCCUCUGCCUCUGCCCAGAUGGCUGUUGCUGAGUCCUUGUUGAACAUCUUCAGCGCUAACAUCAGCUCGUUGAACAGGGUGAAAUUGUCAGCCAACUGGAUGGUUGCUCCAGGAAGCGAAAGCGAGUUGUAUGAAGCAGUGAAGUCAAUUGGAAUGGAUCUAUGCCCAGAGCUAGGGAUCUCGAUUCCAGUGGGUAAGGACUCGAUGUCGAUGAAGAUGAAGUGGGAAAACAAGGAGGUCAGCUCUCCGUUGUCGUUGGUGAUCACAGCGUUUGCUCCAGUGCAGAACACAGGACUAACAUGGACUCCUACGUUACAGCACAACCUGGAAACAAUAUUGGUGCUUGUUGAUUUAUCUACAGAGUUCAAAAAGUCGCUUGGUGGCUCUGCUUUAUUCCAGGUGUACAAGCAGACCAGCAACUCUUGUCCCAAGGUGCACGACAAAAAGAUACUCAAGGGCUUUAUUCUUGGGUUGAUUGGGUUGCACAAACACAAGGACCUUGUUUUAGCAUACCACGAUCGAUCAGAUGGUGGGUUGAUUGUUACGUUGCUAGAAAUGGCGUUUGCUGCUAGAUGUGGGUUGGAUAUUAAUGUGUUUGCAGACACUGAUGCUAAUGCAUAUGAGUAUCUAUUCAACGAAGAAUUGGGUGGAGUAUUCCAGAUUGCAGCUAAAGAUUUUGACAAAUUUGAAAAUAUCUUAAAUCAGAAUGGCAUACCAUCAACUUACAUUCAGAUCGUUGGUAAACCUCACUUCAGCAGUGACGGUAAGCCCAAGACAAUAUCAGUGGUUUUUAACAAUCAAGUAAUAAUCAAUGAAACUAGAUCCCGAUUGCAACAGUUAUGGACAUCCACGUCCUACGAAAUACAAAAAUUAAGAGACAAUCCACAAUGUGCAAAGGAAGAAUUCGAGAACAUCAACGACGACGCAGAUCCUGGGCUAUCAUAUACGUUAACAUACAAUCCAGCAGACAACAUGAAGAUCUGUCAGAUGAGCAGCAGACCCAAGGUUGCAAUUCUUCGUGAGCAGGGAGUGAAUGGACAGCAGGAAAUGGCGUGGUGUUUUGAGCAAGCUGGGUUUACGUCCGUGGACGUUCAUAUGUCAGAUUUGUUGUCAAAAAAUGUUGAAUUAGACGACUUUGUUGGUAUUGCUGCUUGUGGUGGUUUCAGCUAUGGCGACGUGCUUGGUGCUGGAAACGGUUGGGCAACUUCAGUUUUAUACCAUCCUCAGCUUCGCUCGGAAUUCAAAAGGUUUUUCAACGACAGAAGCGACACAUUUGCGUUUGGUGCUUGCAAUGGGUGUCAGUUUUUGUCCAGAAUUGCUGAAGUGAUUCCAGGAACAGAGGACUGGCCGGUAUUUGAACGAAACACAAGUGAACAAUAUGAAGCUAGGUUCUGUAUGGUUGAGAUCAAAGAUGAAGAUAAUGAAAACAUCAAUACUGGCAAAAACCAGAAAAGCAUCUUCUUGGAUGGAAUGAGUGGGUCGAGGUUGCCCAUUGCAGUUGCACAUGGUGAAGGAAGGGCCGGUUUUGGAAAGAAGGGCCAGUACAAGCAAUUUGAAGCUGAGCAGUUGGGUGUUGUGAGAUACGUUGAUAACUAUGGCAAAGUGACAGAGCGCUACCCAUUCAACCCCAACGGAUCGCCUGGUGGCAUUACAGGUAUCAAGAGUCCUAACGGCAGAGUGUUGGCAAUGAUGCCUCAUCCAGAGAGAGUGUGUCGUAAGGAGGCCAAUUCAUGGUAUCCCAGUGAUGAGAACUGGGGCGAUUAUGGGCCUUGGAUAAGAUUGUUUAGGUCUGCAAGAAGAUGGGUUAACUAG